UUGGUUGUCAGACAGAUUGUUGAUUAUAUUUCUACUAUUUUCUGCGAUAUGAUGUGAUGAUGAUUUUGAAUACAUUAACUAGUUGUUUUCGCGGUUAUAAUAUACAUCUUUAUCAUAAUUCUUUGACAAAUACGGUUCAAUGAACAUUUGCCUUAAGUGUAAUGGCUAUAUUCGAAAGCCCAUCUCAAACAAAAGUUAUUGUUGAUGAUACCGAAAAACUGAUUUGUGUUGUUGAAAAUGCACAAAAUAUCAACAAACAUACUGAAUAUAUUUUACGGAUCCAAAGAGGCCCCAAUAAGGAGAACAAGUGGAAUGUGUCACGGAGGUACAGAGACUUCGCUGCGCUGCAUGCCAGCCUACACCAGGCCAACAUUGACCUACCUCUCCCACCAAAGAAACUUAUUGGGAACAUGCAACCAUCGUUUAUUGCGGAGAGACAAAUUGCAUUACAGAAUUACAUUAAUGAGGUGCUGAAACAUGAUAUACUGGCUCUGUCAGUUCAAGUGAGGAGUUUUUUGGAUCCCAAGAAUUACACUUUAUCUAUUGCAGAACAAGCACUGCAGACAAUAUCAAUCGCAUUGCGAGGUGAUGGUCGAUAUGAACUUAGAACCCCGCUGCCUGGCAUUGGUUGGAGGAUACGGAAACAUUACUUUUUAGUAAACGACAUUGACAGCAAAUCGAGUUGUAUUUUGUCCUGGCAGAACUACGGGCCGGACAGACAUCUUAGCGACAAGGAGCUACAGACAGCGUGCAAGAGCUUACUUAACUUAUCUCAUCCAUUCAUAGAUCCUAUAUUAUCCAUACAUAACUUAGAAUCUGGUGCAUACACAGUAAGAAAGGUGCACGAGGGCGGUAGUUUAAGAGAUAUAUUAUACGGCACGGACUAUACUAAAAGUAACUUAUCCAAGUACGGGAAUCCAAAGGUGCGGAGGCCGUUCACGCACGGGCAGAUCGCGCAUUACGGAUACCAGAUAUUGGUCGCAUUGAAGUUCUUACACGAUAAGGGGAUAUAUCAUGGUCACAUCCACCCCGGCAACAUAGCAAUAGAGAACCAAAGAGUGCUACUAAUGGACAUUGAGAACAGUUUAUUGGGCGGCGCCUGUUUAUACCGGCCGAAGCUGUUGCAAUGCAGAGCUUCGACGUCUGUGGCCGUGGACACGUACUGCUUCGGUCUCACAUUGUAUGAGAUGGCCUUCGCAGAACCUUUGGACACGCAUUAUAGGGAUUACUACCCGGAAGGGAUAUCUGAUGAUUUAGAAUCAGUACUCCGCCUCUGCCUAUCCCGAACGGCGUCAAAACACGGCGGGCCGACGCUUACGCACCUACUAGCUCACCCGAUGUUUGCGCGUGCGCCGCUCAACGGCUUGUCGGCCAUGCCAGAUGACGACCGCGCACAUUUGAAGUUUCCCACUGCACUGAAGGAGGAAUUGAAGGCAGGAGUCGCGGCUUUUGAAGCUAGGCUGAAAAGUGAACAGAAAUUAGUUAGAAAUGCAAGAAGAGAAGUGAGAAUACAAGAGAUUUUAGGGUCAGAAGAAGAAUUGCGGAAACAGAAACGAAGAUCGAAGAAACGAGACAGUAUGUGGAAGUCGACAUCGUCUCUAGCCGAGACAGUGAGAUCACAUAGUGGCAGCACUGCUUCUUCUCCCACGCCGCCUGCGAUCUCGGCAGAAGCAAGCGGGUCUAGCUCUAUCACGGCCGCGGGCCCCGUCUCGCCGGUGUCGAGCCCCGCGUGCGACUCCCGCGGAGCCCUACUCGACGCCAUCUGCUCCUUCGACAAGUCCCGCCUCGCCAGGGUGCACUCGCGGUGAGAACCCGCCACUUUCAUUGUGUGAAUUUUGACGAUGAAAGUGAGAAAGUUUUCAUAAAUACAAAAGCGAAAUAAGUUCACUCUCCCAUAUAAGAUAGAUCAAUAUGUUUUUAUGGAAACCUUGAGCAGGUUCAUCAUCCAAACGUGCUAUUAAAAUUUCCGUAACCAAUGUAAAUUCACCAUGUAUACACGAUCUGGUGGUCUAUUCACGGACGAGGAAUGUUUUAUCUGUCUUCGAUCUUUAGGUACUGAUAUGAAAGUGAACAAUCUUGAUACGUAUUUUUCUUGAAAUAUACAUUUCUAAAAUAAUUUAAUUUAUUAUGCGAUCUGUUAUAUUAUUUUGAUUAGAUAAAACAUUGCCUUUUCAACGUUAGUGAAUGGGAGCUGGCGUUGACAAGGGCUAUAUUUAAAAAAGACUAUUUAUAUGACGUGAAACGGGAAAGCGAUAGUUUUUCGCGAGCCGUGCUACGAAGUGAUGUAUCUGAUGCGCCCAAACGUUGAUAAGGCGCAUGUCUAUUUUCGUACUUUAACAACUCUGCCCUGGUAUAACUAAAAUGCCGUUAUCUGCCAAAUCCUUGUUUUUAGUAAAACGUCAAAAACUGCGGUAAAAAUUUAAACUGAUGCCAUUCAUCAAUGAGAACGCCUGUUUAUGACUUAAAGGUACCAAAAAGUCGUAUAUACAGAUCGAAAGAAAUUUUUUUUUCUUAUUUUACUGGUAAAAAAGGUGUAAAUCCUGAUGUCAGAUAACGGCAUUUUAGUUAUACCACGGCAGAACUUUCUCUCUUUGUCUCACUCUGAAAGUAACCAAAAAGAUAGAGACAAGAACACAUAUGCCUUAUCAACGUACAGCUGCCUGCAGAGAAACAUGACCCCCUUAUUAUACAAACAAACAAAGAAAUGGCGGGAGGUGGUUAAGGUUUUUGCAGUCGACCAAGUUAGAUAUAUAUUUUAUCUUCUCUAUAUCUAUAUGAUUUCCGUUAUAAAAGAGAAAGGAGUAGAAGUAGUAGAGGAGGAAAUAAAGACAUACACUCGUUAAUAAAUUUACUUUUUGCGUACUUAACAAUAAAAGACCAAUCCAGUGUAAACGUACAAUAACUAAGAUAAAAUUAAUGACAAAUUAAGAAGACAACAUGGCUUUUAUAUGUCGUAAAUUAAUGUCGAUUUAAUUUUUUAAAUUAUCUUAACAACACCAGUGGCGUUCUGCAACGCGGUUACAUCUUAAGAGUAUUAAAUUUAAAAUAAAUGAGCAACAUUGAAUUUUUAGAUAGGUUAGAUCCGUACAAAUAUUUUAGAAAGCGAUUUGGCCAAGGAUUCUAAACAAAUUUUAUAUAUAAUAAGUUGUUGAAUUCUGAAAACCAAUUUUCAACUUCUCAAGGAUCAAGAUUUUAAGAUUCCGAUAAAAUACAACUGUUGCAUUUUUAACGCUAAACUACAUUUGAAUGCAUGAUUAAUCAGAAAUUUGUUUUCAUUUUUUGUUAUACUUAUUCAACGAAAAGUUGUUAAUUCAUUGUUUAGGAUUGAUCGCCAAACCCACAUAUAAAAUAUUUGUUCUUGUUAGAGAAUUACCGGCAAAAAUGUAAAUAAUUAACCACUUGUUCUAGAGAGAUGAUUUAUUAUAUCCUAUAUGGAUAUUAAAGCGAAGCGUGUUGAUGUUUUCAGAACACAACCUAAAGCUUAAUUUUGUGAAAUGACAGUUUACAGUCAUCAUAAUAGUGGACUAUGCGAUUUAGAGAUUAAUGAGGUCUGUAUAUAUAUUUAUCAUAAAAUUGGUUGCUAAUUGAAAAUAAGAUCUCGUUUAAGCGUUGCCUAAGGAUGCGUCUACAUGUGCUUAUUUUACGGAACAAAAUACCAAAGUAUUUUUUAAUAAGUAAAAUUUUUAACACCAUUUAUUAGCAGAUGAUAGCAUUCCAUUUAUAAAAAUAAACAAGCUAAUUUGUUAUCAAUCAAUGAACUUAGAUAUGUAUAAUGUGUUUUAGUUCAGAAAGGCUUUAGCCAAAUCUGCAAUGCAAUAUCUGCUGUACAGUACAAGACGAAGGUAGAUAGUUUUAUAAAGAAAAAAUAUGUAUUAUUAGUAUAUUAUCGGACAAAGCAACUACGAAGUUCUCAGAAAAGGGUUCAAACCAAAAGAGUAGCCAAUCAUUUAAGAUAGGUAGGACUUUUAUAAUGAAAAAAAAUAUAUAUAUGGUAUGUUCCAUAUCUCAAAUUUUAUACGUACUAAGGCUAUUUCAUAGCUGUAGAAUAUUUUAUUUAUAUUUUUUAAGUACCUUUUUUUAAGUCACCUAUAGUUUAGUUUAUAACCAAUGUUAGCGAAAUACAUAAACAGCAGCGUCUCAAAAAAUAUGUAGCAAUUGCUUUAUACUCCGCCGAAAACAUAUUCAUAUAAAAUGAGUACAUUACUACCUUCAUAAUUUAAUUUGUCGCUGUUAUGCUUCCUUUGGUCAAACUAUAAAAACCCCUUUCCAACAUUAUGUAAUGUAUAAAGCUUAUUUAUCAUGUAGCAUUUAUAUAACAUUAAGUUGAAAGUGAUAUAACGACUGGUCAGUCAAUGUUAUAAUUUAAAUUGGUUUAUUGAAAUUAUUUAACAUGUAUUGUUAGCUACGUAGAAGCUUUAACGUUUAGUAUAAAUUACAUUAAUUAUUAAUGUUUAUUAUUUUUGUUGUAAGUUUAAGAAAAAUAUAAAAAGUUGCUGUAAUAUUUGUUUUAUUUACAGACCCGUGGGGCUGCUCACGAACUUUGAAAAGGCAUGUUCUCUCUUUUCAUUUCUUCGGUUCUGAUGGACAUUCCUGACCAUUGAGAUACGCCUUAUUAGCGUUCGUGAAUAGCCCCACACUUUGUCGUUACUCACACAUAUAAAGAACGCGUGAUACAAAAGAAGAUAACAUUAGGUGCGUAUUCCACUUGAGUAAAUUCUGACAUUCAGGUUGAUAGACAGACAUAAAG